AUGAGUGGAAGACCAAAGACAAAAAGGGGUGCACGGUUUUUUCGGAGUUGCCCUGAAGAACCCAGCAGCAGUUCAAGUAGCAAUGUAUUGCUAGCAGAGCAGGAAAACCCUGAUGCAAAUGGGUUGAUUCGAUCAUGGAAGGUUAUCCUAAGUGUAGUGUUUACAUUGGCUUUUCUUCUUGUUGGGCUUCGAAAUCAUCAGUGGCUUAAGGAAGCAGAGUUUCCUCAGAAAUCCAGGCAGUUAUAUGCCAUAAUUGCAGAGUAUGGCUCACGGCUACAUAAUUACCAGGCCAGACUUCGAAUGCCUAAGGAGCAUCUGGAGCUUUUGAAGAAAGAGAGCCAGACACUGGAGAACAAUUUUCGUGAAAUUCUGCUUUUAAUUGAACAAAUCGAUGUUCUGAAGGUAGUGCUUAGAGACAUGAAGGAUGGCACACACAACCAUAGCUGGGCUCUGCACGGAGAGGCCGAGGAGGACCAGGACAGCACGGAGGUGCUAGACGAGGAAAUGUCAAACUUAGUACAUUAUGUACUUAAAAAGCUGAGAGGGGACCAAGUACAGAUGGCUGAUUAUGCCCUGAAGUCAGCUGGAGCCUCCAUCAUUGAAGCAGGAACCUCAGAAACUUACAAAAAUAACAGAGCAAAACUGUACUGGCACGGGAUAGGUUUCCUAAAUUAUGAAAUGCCUCCAGAUAUUAUUCUUCAGCCAGAUGUCCACCCUGGAAAGUGCUGGGCCUUCCCAGGGUCCCAGGGUCAUGCCCUAAUCAAGCUUGCCAGGAAAAUCAUACCAACGGCAGUAACCAUGGAACACAUCUCAGAGAAGGUGUCGCCCUCAGGAAACAUCUCCAGUGCACCCAGGGAGUUUUCUGUCUUUGGUAUCAUGAAAAGAUGUGAAGGAGAAGAAAUUUUCCUAGGUCAGUUUAUCUAUAACAAAACAGAAACCACCGUCCAGACAUUUGAACUCCAGCAUGAACUUUCUGAAUCAUUGCUAUGUGUGAAACUUAAAAUCCUUAGCAACUGGGGACACCUGAAGUAUACUUGUUUGUACCGGUUCAGGGUCCACGGUGUCCCCAGUGAUGAGACGUAA